CCUUAUCUGGCCCCGCGGCGGCGGCCCGGGGAGGCGGCCGGCGGCGGGCAGGGCCGCGCGAUGUCGCACGGAACCGGGCUGGUCCGCACCACGUGCAGCAGCGGCGGCGGCAGCGGCGGGGGCGCGGCGGGGCCCCGGGCGGGCGCGGGCGCGGGCGCCUCGGAGGGGCUGGUGGACCCGGUGUACCCCCGCACCUACGGCGCCCUGCUGAAGGUGGCGCAGAUGGUCAGCCUGCUGAUCGCCUUCAUCUGCGUGAGGAGCUCCCUGUGGCUCAGCCAGAGCGCCUACCGAUACUUCGAAGUGGUCACCAUCUGCAACCUCAUCAUGAUCCUCGUCUUCUACCUGGUCCACCUCUUCCGCCUCUACCGCGUGCUCACCUGCAUCAGCUGGCCCCUGUCGGAGCUCCUGCACUAUCUGAUCGGCACCCUGCUCCUCCUCAUCGCCUCCAUCGUGGCCGCCUCCAAGAGCUACAGCCAGAGCGAGCUGGUGGCCGCCUCGAUCUUCGGCUUCCUGGCCACCUUCCUCUGCCUCGCGAGCGUGUGGCUGUCCUACAAGAUCUCCUGUGUGACCCAGUCCACCGAUGCAGCCGUCUGAGGCCGCCGCGGCCUCCGGGCCCGCAGGGGGCCCCGCAGGAAGGCCCCGCAGGACGUGUGCCCGCCGGCAGCAGGCCCCGCGGGCCGGUGACCUCCCGAGAGACCUCCGAACCUGUGUGCCUGUGCCAACGCCCUGCCCGCCGGUGGGCGCGGGAGGGCCUGCUCCUCCCUCCCGGCUCCCGAGCGAGCGGCUCCGGCCUCUCCCCCGGCCUUCCUCGGAGAAGACCCUCCUUGUCCGGGAAAGAAAAGCAGCCUCCAGGGAGAUCUGGCCUCCGCCUCCUGCUUUUCAGGCCCAGUCUGGCCUCCGCACCUCACCUGGCGGCCGGGAGGUUUCUGGAGACGCCUGCACAAACCCCACUCCUCCGGAGCGACCCGCCUUCGGUCUCCCCGUGAAGACCACGCCCGCUCCUGUGUAGGGAGCCUGGGCAUCUGCUCUUUCCUCGCGUGCGGCCGGCCUGUGGAGAGAAGCACGCGGUCGUCAGCCUGACCCCAAAGACGCGAUCUCAGCCUCCUUUCCCGGCUCUGCCUUCGUGUGUGCAUGUGUGUGUGUGUGUGUGUGUGCGCGUGUGCGUAUGUGGGUGCGUGUGUGUGGUUUUUUGUGUUUUUUUUAAAUAAAAUAUUGACUUGGCCAA